CAAAUGAUUUCAAAAAUAAAAUGUUUACUAUAAAAACAAAUUUAAACAUAAAUGCAGUUGAGUCGGUCUGCUUCGGUCGUAAGAAUCCAAUAACAAAAUACACAGUCUUCUGGGUACACCGAGUCUCGGUCCCAAGUAACCAAAAACAAAUGAUUUCUUGGGCGUGACACAGCAAAUUGAUAAACUGAAAAAAUACAUCUUGGUAUCUAAUAGUAUUUAGUUUAGUAUUCUUUUCCUUUUCACAGAUCCCAGUAGGCUUCUAAAAUGACAUUAGCAUUGUGUCUGAGCUGUGCUUUCAUGUUUUCAUUCAGAGUCCAUGUCCAGACUUCUGAAGGCCUUGCAGAUGUUUCCACGGGCAUUAGCCAAAUGCGGUUUGCCGUCGCCUACUGUCACCAUUCAACGCCGCGCAGUCGCACUCAGUUUCUGGCCCAUGCAGAAGGACAUCAGCGAUCCGGUGUUGGACCAGCUAUCGUCGGAGGACUUCACGGCUUUAAAGAUAAGCCCAGCGGGGCGCAAUCUUGUGUGUUUGCUUGCCACGGAAAUGAUUGCGGAAAGACUGGUAAAGCGACCUUUUGAAUGUAUAAAUGGGUUUGAAACCGUAUUUUGCGGCUCCGAGGUGAAGCUGAUCAAAGAGGGGGUCGGGAAUCCUGUCAACAUAAUUUUCAACGUCAGCAAAAGUAUGGAACGUGUUAAGGACGAAUGCAUCGAACAAUUAUCCAAUCCUUUCCGCAUUAUGCCCAACUUCGAGGUGCUGUUCCGGUGUGGCAACACACUGCUGUCCAUCCAUUGCAAAUUUCUGUCGGAGGCCUUUAAAGAUGGUGUACCGUUGCUGCAAGAAGAUCAGAUCGUUCCCGAUAUGUUUGAGAUUCAGGAGAUGUCGCUGUUCGAGAAAGAGGAUACCUAUACUGUCAAGGCCAAUAUGAUUGAUGAUAAUAUAUACUGGGCUCUCAUGGAUUUUCUGGCUGAACAGGGGAUAACUAAUGAAUUCGCCAUCAAGCUUUCAGAUUUGUCCACAGUCUAUGAACAUGACCAGUACAUCAGGUUCUUAGAGAAUCUAUCGAAAUUCGUAGUCCCACCACCACCAGUAAUGGAGAGAUACAAUACUGAUGAUUCUUCCCAUUAAAUCAAAUCGGUUUUUAAAACUUUACAAAAUAAAUCACUGUUUUGGUUGGAGGCAGCGCUGCGAUUAUAAAA